CUGGAGUGUGUGGUGGCUGGAGCUGUGUGUGGGUCUGCCUCUCGCUCCCCCUCUCCGGCCGGGCUGGAGCGGGCCGCAGUGACGAUGAGGAAAUGAAAACUGCGGCCUCUCCAGUGAGUGAGAGAGCCAGUUUGUUCUGCCCCAUGAAAGUAAAUUGAUGCCCAGAACACAGGGGGAUCUGAAGUACCGCGUAGAGGAAGCAGACCCCAGAGGACCUGCCUAGAGUCAGAUCUUUGCAACAGCAAAGCCUCUCUUUCCAUGCCAUCCUGUCCUCUUGCUAACGGAGUAAUUGGUGCUGGGCUUUGCACACUUGUGCUGAACCCCCAGACGUGAAGUUGAAACCAUGUGAGGGGCCCUUCCCCUACUUCCCUUGACCCGUCUCGGGUGAGUUGCUGCUAAGCCCAAGGUGCCGGCCACCAUGAUGUUCCGAGACCAGGUGGGCAUUCUUGCUGGCUGGUUCAAAGGCUGGAAUGAAUGUGAGCAGACGGUGGCCCUGCUGUCGCUCCUCAAGCGUAUCUCUCGAACCCAAGCCCGCUUCCUGCAGCUGUGCCUGGAGCACUCGCUGGCAGACUGCACCGAGAUCCACGUACUGGAGUCUGAGGCCAACAGCGCAGCCAUCAUCAGCCAGUGGCAUCAAGAGCCAAAGGACAAAGUGGUCUCCCUGCUCCUCUCCCACCUGCCCCUUCUCCAGCCUGGCAACGCAGAUGCCAAGUCGGAAUACAUGAAGCUCUUGCAGAAGGUGCUGGCUUACUCUAUCGAGAGCAACCUUUUCAUAGAGGAGAGCCGGCAGCUCCUCUCCUACGCUCUCAUCCACCCCGCCACCACGCUGGAUGACCGCAACUCUCUGGCUCUUUGGCUGAACCAUCUCGAGGAACGCCUCUCAAGUGGCUACUCUGGCCAGGGCAGGGGUCGACCUGACACAGCCUACCAUUCACGCCAGGGCUCAGAUGAGUGGCAAGGCCCAGUGGAUGCAGGCCUCGGGGACCUGGGGCACAGCUGGCAGGAGAAGCCACCGCGAGAAAAUGGGCACAUGUCCUUCCACUCUUCUGGCUCGGUGCCAUCAGCCAUCAACAGUAUCGGAAGCAACACAAACACAGCUCUCCCCUGCCAAAUGCACCCCAGCCCACUGAAGCGCUCCAUGUCCCUCAUCCCCACCAGCCAGCAGGUUCCCAGUGAGUGGAUGAACGUGGAGGAGAUGGGCGCUCGGCCCGCCUUCAUCCCCGGGGGAGAACAUGCACCCCUCUCGCCCCAGAGCAGUGUGGCCUCCUCUGGUAGCGAGCAGACGGAGGAGCAGUCUGGCAGCCGCAACACCUUCCAGGAGGACGGCAGCGGCAUGAAAGAUGUCCCCUCAUGGCUGAAGAGCCUUCGCCUUCACAAAUAUGCAGCCCUCUUUUCCCAAAUGACCUAUGAAGAGAUGAUGACACUCACAGAGCAGCAUCUGGAAUCACAGAAUGUGACCAAAGGAGCAAGGCACAAAAUAGCUUUGAGUAUCCAGAAGCUGCGAGAAAGACAGAGUGUCCUGAAAUCUCUGGAGAAGGACAUCCUAGAAGGAGGCAACUUGUGGAACGCUCUCCAGGAACUGCAGCAGAUCAUCACUACCCCCAUCAAGGCUUUCCACACCCUACAGGCCAUGGCAGCCUCUAAGGAGGGCCAGCAGCUGGCAGCGGAGCCACGUGGGGCUCCCAAGCUAGGCUUGGACAAGACCAGCAAUGGGGCUGAGGAGAAGGAGCCUGCUGCCGACGCCUUCCUGCCCCCUACGGGCUCUCCUUGUGACGGGGAGUCGGGAGCAGCACCUAUCGCCGAGGGAGACAUUGCAGGGCAGUUCACACGGGUGAUGGGCAAAGUGUGCACACAAUUGCUGGUAUCUCGGCCAGAUGAGGAGAACAUCACCAGUUACCUCCAGCUGAUAGAGAAGUGCCUGAUGCAUGAGGCGUUCACAGAGACGCAGAAGAAGAGGCUGUUGUCUUGGAAGCAGCAGGUGCUGAAGCUACUCCGGACAUUUCCAAGGAAGGCCGUGCUAGACAUGCAAGGCUACCGCCCACAAAAAGGAUGGGCCUUUGGCUCCAACUCUCUCCCCAUAGCUGGAUCUGUGGGGGUGGGGGUGGCACGCAGAGGACAGCGGCAGUUCCAGAUGCCCCCGCGUGCCCUCCCCCCAAGUCGCAUGGGGAUCCUGAGUCCUGCAGGGAUUGGUGGCGUCUCUCCUCGGCACGCUCUUGCCAGCCCUAACCUGGGAAGCCAAGGACGGCAGAAUUUGUGGUUUGCCAACCCCGGGGGCAGCAACAGCAUGCCCGGCCAGAGCCGCAGCUCGGUCCAGCGAACCCAUUCGCUCCCCGUCCACACGUCCCCACAGGCCAUCCUCAUGUUCCCCCAGGAUUGCCAGCUCCCUGGAACAGAUCUGGAGAUCAACCCCACGCUGGAGUCGCUGUGUCUCAGCAUGACGGAGCAUGCGCUGGGUGAUGGCAGCGACAAGACUUCUACCAUUUGAAACGCGCUGGAUCUGCUGGUGUUCCUGAGAAGCUUUAAGGGGGCUGUUUUAUUUUUCUUCCUUUUUGUGUUACCCCCUUCCUUCCAGGGGUGUGUUGCUGUGGGGGUAGGCGAACCACUUUCUCCCCUGCCUCUCCCCAACCCACCUCCAGCAUUCCCCAGCAGUUGGAGGGAUGGGGGGGACAAAAAGCUGUCACUACAAUCUUACCAUCUUAGUGUGUUCUAAUAUUUUUUCUACCUUUUAUUAUUAUGAUAACUUCAGCUAUUGGUUUAAUAUUUUGAUGUACACGGGAGUUGGAAGAGGCUCCCAGAAGUUUAACUUGCAAAGCCAGAAGGCAUAAGGAGGCUGAAUUUGGGCCAUAUUAUUCCCUUUCGUGUUUCGGUUUCUCUUUCUUCAUCCCUCCCCUUUCCCCCCUCUGGAGCUCCAUGAAAUGAAGGGAGAGCUUAAGUCAAGGGAAGGAAGGUGAGAUGCGGAAGAGGCCUGGCCUUUCUUGCCUUGGCCGUCGUGUGGGUGCUGAACAUCCUCCCAGCGCUGGGACGUGUGAGGGCUCUGCGGGGUUAACCCAGCGAGCUGGCUCCGUCUGGACUAACCCCGCUGCUACUUUCUGUACCUGGCAAUGGGAGGGAGGGGGGGGGGCGGGUGCUGCAGAUGACUCUCAGCUUCAGUUUUUACAGAAGUGCCUCUAACACAUCCCUCGCAAAAACAGGUGGGGCGGGAGGAGGGGUUGCCCAGUGUCUGCGGGUGUCCAGAGCGAGGCUUCGUGUCUGCCUGUGCUGCCCUUUUAGGGGAAUUAUUCAGGAGGAGCUGAUGGGGGUUCCGCCCACCCACCCAGGAAAGGAGAAUGGUAUGGCCUAAGUGUGGAGCUGUGUAACCCUGAGUAUUGCUGCCUCCUUGGAGUAAUUUGACGGGGGGGAGAUCAACCUAGUUUUGUUGAAGCAGUUCAGAUGAGUUUUUGGAAAUUGCUCAGCAGUUUGAGGUUCAGGAGCAGAGUUCUCUUUUUAGUGGAGCUGGUUUGGGUUCCUUGUACAGGUGCAAGAUUUCGUUCUUUCCCCAGUGAUGGUAGGAUGGGGAGUCAAAAGACAGAUGGAAGGGAAGCAGUUCUCUUUUUUUUUUCUUUCACAAGCUCAGUCACAGAUCGAUAAUCCUUUUAGUGGUUUGGGAGGGUGCACAGUUGUCUGCCUUCCUUGAAAUGGGGAGGGCAGUGCAGCUUCCGGCAGAUUGGCCACAGCAAAUCUCUGCUGCCCUGAGGAAUGUAGGAGCCGUCCCCCUCCCCAAUUCUUUACACUAGUUGCUGAUCACUUACUGACGACUGGUGGUGGCAGCUUGGCUCUCGUCUGUGGGGUUUAUGGUGCUAAUGAACUGGUGCACUGAGGGGGGCAGGAUCUAGUUGGAGACAACGUGGUCCAAAGAUUGGAGACUGCCACCUCCAGCCUGGGGGAGGGAGGAAGGAAAGACUCCUGGGCAUGAAUCCAAAUGGCACAAGAAAUAUUGGAGAGGGGGGAUAGCACAUCUGCACACUCUAAUUCAUAUGAACACUACAAAGGGGGAAGGGGCUGAAAUUCUAUACACCUCAGAAUUGGCAUUUGGAUUUGCUUGCUGAGUCUCUCCUGUUUUUUAUGCGUAGCUUUACUGAGGGUGGGGGGAGCGGAGAGAGUGAAAUGGCCGCCAGCCCCAUGAUUGCAGCUCCUCUGGGCUUUGGAGACGGAGGGUAGCCCAGGAGGGCUCUAGACGCUGGCUGUCUCGUUUUUGUUUUCCGGACAGGCCUGUGUGAUGCAAUCAGGACUGGGCUUCCAAGCAUUUGGGGGCGGGGGCGGAUCCCUUGCGGCAUGAACAGGCCUUUGCGGGCAGGAGCAGUCUUAGCCACAGUGUAUCUGGGGCAGCUGCCCCAUACCCUUGCUCCCUGACAGAGGGAGAAAGAAGAGGAAAAGCAGGCAGGAUCCCGGGGCUGCCGUGGGCCAAGGGCUGUCCCUUUCUUGAGCCUGGGGUUCAUCCCAGAAUCACCACGUCUGCCCAUUUGUUGAGGUUCACAGACGCGGCAGUGCUUGGAACGGCUUUGGGUCUUGGGGGUGGGAGGGGGCAAAGCAGAGAGGCGGUUGCUGAUGUCCUCUGAGCCAGAGCAUACCUUUCCAGCCACGUCUUUGCAUGGUGGGUGAACCCCCCCCUGCCCCCGGAAGGCAGACCUCAGCGGGCCCCCAGGUACAGAGAAACCCUUCUCCGCUCCCCCUUCCUCUCUCAUCCUCAAGAACUGUUUUAAAUAUAAAGGCCUUUUUCCAAAGUCUAUACUGAACUGUAGCGUGCAAAAAAAGCAAACCUGAGAGAACUAUUUCUAAAGAAGAAUAAGUAGAGUGACACAGUUCCUGUUUCAGAUAGAAAUGUUAUUUUAGAUACAUUUUAUUAUGAAUAACUUUUGUUAUGACUAUGGCUGGUAACCAUGAAUACGUUAUUUAAAAAAAAACACACAAAACAUUUUACAAAAAAAUUCCACAUUCUGACUUUAGAUUGCUUUGUUGGACUCCUUGGCUGCUUCCCCCUUCUAGUUUUGCUUUGUAAAAGGCAUCCAGAAUUUAAGUAUUAGCCCUUUUUUAUUAACCUCUAUGAUAAAGCUGUGCUUAUUUUG